AUGGAGACCAGAUCAAGAUUCAAGGUCUUGUCCGAUAAGAUUGGCGUCCCAGCUGAGCCUGGCUUGACAAGCACACAGCUUAUGCUUACGAACCAUGAUCUCGCACCCGUUGACAAGGAGCGUCGACAAUGGGGUCCCUGGAACUUUGUCGGUUUCUGGAUCGCCGAUUCUUUCAACAUCAACACUUGGAUGAUUUCUUCAGCCAUGAUUGUUAACGGACUUUCAUGGUGGCAGGCAUGGCUCUGUGUCUGGAUCGGUUACAGUAUCACUGGUCUCUUUGUCGCAAUUAAUGCGCGACCUGGUGCUAUCUACCACAUCAGUUUCCCCGUUAUCAACAGAAGCGCUUUUGGUAUCUGGGGUGGAUUGUGGCCUGUUCUGAACCGAGCUGCUAUGGCUUGUGUCUGGUACGGAGUUCAAGCUUACAUUGGUGGAAACUGUGUCUAUCUCAUGAUCCGAUCUAUCUGGAAGUCGUGGGAAAACGUCCCUAACACUUUCAGUGCGGAUUCUGGCACAAGCACUCCUCACUUUGUUUCCUUCAUCAUCUUCUGGCUCUGCUCUCUUCCUGCUCUCUGGUUCCCUGUCCACAAGGUCCGACAUCUCUUCACCGUCAAGGCCUACGUCGUUCCCGUUGCUGGAAUCACUUUCCUCGCCUGGACGAUUUCGCGUGCUGGUGGUAUCGGUCCCAUCAUCAAGCAGGGUAACACUGUUCAUGGUAGUGAUUUGGCUUGGGAGAUUGUUAAGGGCAUCAUGUCGUCGAUCUCCAACUUUGCCACCCUCAUUGUCAACGCCAGCGAUUUCUCCCGAUUUGCGCAAAAGCCAAAGGACGCUAUUCUUCCUCAGAUCAUCACCAUCCCCAUGGGUUUCGCUGUCACUUCCUUCAUCGGUAUCAUCGUUUCUUCCGCUUCGACUACGUUGUAUGACCGAGCUAUCUGGAACCCUCUUGACUUGCUCGAUGAGUUCAUCAACGAUGGAAGCUCUGCUGAGCGCUUCGGUGUCUUCUUCAUUGCCUCAGCUUUCGCCCUCGCUCAGCUCGGAACCAACAUCGCCGCGAACAGUGUUUCGGCCGGUAACGAUUUGACUGCUCUUCUUCCUCGCUGGAUCAACAUUCGACGUGGAAGUUACAUUUGCGCGUGUCUCGGUCUCAUGAUCUGCCCCUGGCAACUUCUCAAGGAUAGCAACGAGUUCACUACCUACCUCUCCGCCUACAGUGUGUUCCUCAGCUCCAUCGCUGGUGUCAUGGUUUGCGACUACUACAUUGUCCGUAAGGGAUACAUCGAGGUCAAGGAACUCUAUGACGCUCGCAAGGAAGGUCCUUACUACUACACCGCUGGUUUCAACUGGCGAGGUUACGCUGCUUACAUUUGCGGUAUUCUCAUCAACGUUGUUGGUUUCGCCGAUGCCGUCGGUGCAAAGAACGUCCCCAUCGGCGCCGUCCGCGUUUACCAGCUCAACUACUUCUGCGGUUUCGGUGUCUCCAUGAUAGUCUACUAUCUUCUGUGCAAGCUCUCACCGAUCCCUGCGACCAGCGACCGAUGGAUGGAAGUUGGCGAAGAUGCUGAUGAACUCCAAGCUGCAUACGGCUCUAGAACUCCUUCUUACGACGAAGAGAAUGCGACAGGCGGAGAUGCGCCAAAGGGUACUGAUGAGACGAAACAUUUCUGA